AGCCAAGAAGCUAAAAUAUUUAUACGCCUCGCGCGCAUAAUCGAAAUCCAUCGACGUCGCCUCAUCUCCUCUCCUCUCCGACCCCCCGUCUGCUCUGCCUGCGUUCCGGUUGCUGAGAGCGGAGUUGGUGGUGGUGGUUUUGGGUGGGAAUGGCGCAGGCAGUGGUGCCGGCGAUGCAGUGCCAGGUCGGGGUGGGCGGCAGGGCGGCCGUGCGGGCGAGGCCGGCGGCGGCGGCGGCCGGGGUUGGUGGGAGGGUGUGGGGCGUCCGGAGGAGCGGGCGCGGCACGUCGGGGUUCAAGGUGAUGGCCGUCAGCACGGAGAGCACCGGGGUGGUGACGCGGCUGGAGCAGCUGCUCAACAUGGACACCAAGCCCUACACCGACAAGAUCAUCGCCGAGUACAUCUGGGUUGGAGGAAGUGGAAUUGACCUCAGAAGCAAAUCAAGGACAAUAUCAAAACCAGUGGAGGACCCCUCGGAGCUACCGAAAUGGAACUACGAUGGAUCAAGCACUGGGCAAGCUCCUGGAGAAGAUAGUGAAGUCAUCUUAUAUCCACAGGCUAUAUUCAAGGACCCAUUUAGAGGUGGCAACAACAUAUUGGUUAUUUGUGAUACCUACACGCCAGCUGGGGAACCCAUCCCUACUAACAAACGUCACAGGGCUGCACAAAUAUUCAGUGACCCAAAGGUCGCUAGCCAAGUGCCAUGGUUUGGAAUAGAACAGGAGUACACUUUGUUGCAGAGAGAUGUGAACUGGCCUCUUGGCUGGCCUGUUGGUGGCUACCCCGGGCCCCAGGGUCCAUACUACUGUGCCGUAGGAUCAGACAAAUCAUUUGGCCGUGACAUAUCAGAUGCUCACUACAAGGCAUGCCUUUAUGCUGGAAUUAACAUUAGUGGAACAAAUGGAGAGGUCAUGCCUGGCCAGUGGGAGUACCAGGUUGGACCUAGUGUUGGUAUCGAAGCUGGUGAUCACAUAUGGAUUUCAAGAUAUAUUCUUGAGAGAAUCACGGAGCAGGCUGGUGUAGUGCUUACCCUUGAUCCCAAACCAAUUCAGGGAGACUGGAAUGGAGCUGGGUGCCACACAAAUUACAGCACAAAGAGCAUGCGUGAAGAUGGAGGAUUCGAAGUGAUCAAGAAAGCAAUCCUUAACCUAUCACUUCGCCACGACUUGCAUAUAAGUGCAUAUGGUGAAGGAAAUGAACGGAGGUUGACAGGUUUACACGAGACAGCUAGCAUUGACAAUUUCUCAUGGGGUGUGGCAAAUCGUGGAUGCUCUAUUCGGGUGGGGCGAGACACCGAGGCACAGGGAAAAGGUUACUUGGAAGACCGGCGUCCGGCAUCAAACAUGGACCCAUAUGUCGUUACAUCACUAUUGGCUGAAACCACUAUUCUUUGGGAGCCAACCCUUGAAGCGGAGGCUCUUGCUGCUAAGAAGUUGGCACUGAAGGUAUGAAGGCCUUGGACGAUGAAUCAUCGGGGCAAAUAAAUCCCAGCAAAAAUUGCUUGCUGUCCAUAUUGGUCUUGAUCUUGUAUUUCUGCUUGGGACUUGGUCUGUACAAAUCUGGAGUUUCCUAGAACCACGUCGCCUUCCAUUCGUCAGUUUAACAUUUUGCUUGAACACCACACUUGAUCUGGGUCGUCUGUAUUUUGAGUCCAUCUGUGAGUGACAGUGACAGAUGAAGAAACACGCAUCUGAGACACUUGUUCUUCAGUUGUGCUUGUGCAUCGUUCGCUCGAAAUAAGAAUGGCUUUCUUUUCUGUU